GUUGGUCUCACAGUUGUGUGGACCGGUGUCCAAAUCCCGGCCCUGCCUGUGUGGAGUUUGCAUGUAGUUCCCGUGCCUGUGUGGGUUUUGUCCUGGCACUCCAAUUUCCCAAAAAUAUACAUUAAUUGGAGACUUUAAAUGCCCCUCAAGUGUGAUUGUGAGAGCAACCGUUGUUUGUCUCUACGUGCCGCGCAAUUUGUUAGCAACCGGUUUAGAGCGCAUCCCGCCUCCUGCCCCGAUGAUAGCUAGGACUCCCACGAUCCGUGUGAGGAAAAGCGGCUCAAAGAAUGAAUUGAUUGAUAUAUUUUUUAAAAGCUUUGGUGGUGCAGUUAUUAUUUUUGUCCACUCGGGAUCACCAUUGUGAAGUUCUCCACUGUAGUAUCUGUGACUUUGAAUGUGUGUGGCUUUAAAAGGCUGGGUUUGGCCUGUUGAGUGAUUUGGGAGGCAGUGAAUGAGAAUGGCUCCCUGGUUGUUUCACUGCAGCCUGCGAUCAACAACGAACAAGGGCCGGCAGCUCUGUUGCCAUGGAUGCCAAGCCGGAGCCUACCACUGUGUGGAGUGAGUCCGCGAACACAGACCCAGCUGACGCCACACAGGUUCAUUUUGAAGGUGAAACAGUAGCACAGAUUGUGUACAGCGGAGAUGGCAGCGGUCAAGCGGAGCAGGAGCAGCAACAGCAGGUGGUGUACACGGCCGACGGCAGCUCGUACACGUCGGUGGAAUCGGCUGAGCAUACGCUGGUCUACAUUCACCCUGUGGAUGGCACACAGGCCGUGUUUGCAGAUCAACCUCAAGUAGCCUACAUCCAACAGGAUGGCACAACUCAGCAGGUGGCGGUUUUGCUUCCAAGCGGGCAGAAUAUGAACACCACCAGUCUGCACGUCCUCAGCAAUGCCGCCGAAGCACCGCAAGCCACCCUGGAGCCGGUGUCCCAGGAGCAGAUGUCCGUGUCCAACUCUCUAACCUCCGUGGUGGAUCCCCCGUCUAGCCCACUCGGGGCCAUGGACUCCACGGACGACUCUGCCGAAGACGAUGACGACGACGACUCUGAUAUUGACGACUGGGAGCCUCGUCAGCGGUUCAACCCUCAUAACCUCUGGUGCGAAGAAUGCAAUGACUCCAACACCUCGGAGUGUCUGAACCACGGGCCCCUGCACCCCAUCCCAAACCGUCCGGUAAUGUCCCGGGCUCGUGCCAGCCUGCCCCUGGUCCUCUACAUCGACCGCUUUCUAGGUGGGGUCUUCUCCAAGAGACGCAUCCCCAAGCGCACUCAGUUCGGCCCUGUGGAUGGACCCCUUGUGCCCCAGAGUCAGCUGCAGGACAACUACAUUCACCUGAAAUUUUGCGUGUUGGACGCGGAAAAAGAUGGGGAGAAGUCCGAGGAGACGUGGCUGGAUCUGUCUGACGAGGACAGCUGCAAUUGGAUGAUGUUCGUGCGGCCCGCCAAGAACCACCUAGAGCAGAACCUAGUGGCAUACCAGUAUGGUGCGGAAAUCUUCUACACCACCAUCAAGAACAUCGAGCCCAAGCAAGAGCUUAAGGUGUGGUAUGCAGCCUCAUAUGCAGAGUUUGUCAAUCAGAAGCUCCACAGUGUUACAGAAGAAGAGAGAAAAGUUCUGCGGGAGCAGGAGAAGAACUGGCCUUGCUACGAAUGCAGCCGUCGGUUUGUGAGCUCUGAGCAACUCCAGCAGCAUCUCAACAUGCAUGACAACAUGCUCCAUUCUGUGAGCAGGCCCAGAGGGCGUGGCCGGGCCAGGGGCAGGAAGCGAUUUGGAACGGGGAGAAGGCCAGGUCGACCGCCUAAAUUCAUACGUUUGGAUGAGGCAGUUGAAGAUGAUACAGACAGGACGACGAUCCAGAAUCCGACUGAGGUGCAACCGCUGGAUGAGCCCACAGAGGCGGCUCACAAUGGCGUAGAGGUGACUGUUAUGGAGCCGGACACAGAGGCAGAUGCCCCAACGAUGUCUCCAGCAGUUGAACCAUCUGCUGCUCAGCCCUCUGAAAGGGACCUGCCACUCCAGACCAAGGAGGACCCCAUGCAAAGUGACCAGUCGGACCCUCAGUUCUCAUCUCCAGAUGUGCGACGCUUAAAAAGGAUGCGGACUGCUGCACUGCAGCAUCACUUUAUCCGAAAGAGCUUUCGUCCCUUCAAGUGCAAACACUGCGACAAGGCCUUCCGUGACAAGGACAAGCUGGACCAGCACCUGCGUGUUCACGGACGUGACAACUUCGUCUUCCCUUGCCACCUGUGCAGCAAGACCUUCAUGACCGACACGGCGCUGGACGACCACCUCCUGGUUCAUACUGAGAACCGCACAUAUGCAUGUCUGCUGUGUGCCGAGACCUUCGACAGGCUCGACAUGCUGAGGGACCACAUUGAGGUGCAUGCCGUUAACGGCACCUUCACCUGCCCGUCCUGUAAGAAGACAUUUCCUGACUUCGUUCAGGUAAAGAAGCACAUCCGCUGCUUCCAUUCCGAGAAGAUCUUCCAGUGCCCGAACUGUGAGAAAGCCUUCUGCCGGCCGGACAAACUGCGCCUGCACAUGCUGCGCCACUCAGAUCGCAGAGACUUCCUUUGCUCUACGUGUGGCAAGCAGUUCAAAAGGAAAGACAAGCUCCGGGAACACAUGCAGCGUAUGCACAAUCCUGAACGCGAGGCCAAGAAGGCCGAGCGUGUCCACCGUUCCAAAAACCACAAAAUGAAGACGCCUACUACAGACCUUGAAAGUUUUAUGUUCAAAUGCAGGCUGUGCAUGAUGGGAUUCCGACGCAGAGGAAUGCUGGUCAAUCAUUUGUCCAAGCGUCACCCUGAGAUGCGUGUUAACGAUGUCCCAGAGUUGACGCUGCCCAUCAUCAAGCCCAACAGAGACUACUUCUGCCAGUAUUGUGACAAGGUGUACAAAAGCGCCAGUAAGAGAAAGUCUCAUAUACUGAAGAACCACCCGGGCUCAGAGUUGCCGCCCAGCAUCCGCAAGCUCCGUCCAGCCGCACCGGGCGAACCGGACCCCAUGCUGACUACACACACCCAGCUGGCCGGUACCACCGCCUUCGCGCCAGUCUGCUGCCCGCACUGCGCCAAACAGUACAGCAGCAAGACUAAGAUGGUGCAGCACAUCCGGAAGAAGCAUCCCGAGUUUGCCCAGCUCGUCAACACCAUCCAAACUCCCCUGGCGACGGCAGUCAUCAGCAGCACCCCUUCCGUCAUCAGCGCGGACAGCGCUGGCGCUGAGGCUGUUGUGACCACUGACCUGCUAACGCAGGCCAUGACGGAGCUCUCCCAGACGCUGACUACUGACUACAGAACAGCACAAGGAGACUACCAGAGGAUCCAGUACAUCCCCGUGUCCCAGGCGGGAAGUAGCUUGUCGCAGCCGCAGCACAUUCAGCUCCAAGUGGUUCAGGUGGCGCCGGCUUCCUCCCCUCAUUCCCAGCAGCAGACUGUGGAUGUCGGCCAACUGCACGACCCCCACAGCUACAGCCAGCACUCCAUCCAGGUGCAGCACAUCCAGGUCACAGAGCCCUCGGCCUCAGGACAAGGUGUCACUCAGGUGACGGGUCAGCCUCUAAGCCCCAACUCCCAACAGACCAAUCAAGAGUUGAGUUCUACGCAGCUGACCCCCGUGACGCUGGCUCAGAACCACAGUCUCCAGGCCAGUGGACCUCCUCAGCAGCAGCAGCAGCAGCAGCAGGGGGCGGUUCAGCAUGCUUAUAUACCCAGCAACUGGAACUAUCGAGGCUACCCAGCCUCCGAGAUCCAAAUGAUGACGUUGCCCCAUGCGCAGUAUGUCAUCACCGAGGCUGGCACACCUGUGACCGCAGCCAACAAUAACCAGGUGAAAACGACACAUUACGUCAUCUCUGAAGGUCAGACGGAAGUGGACACCAAGACUUCGGGUCCCGCCAGCUCAGGUCCGGACCCCGGCGAACACUUAGAGCCGCUGGCAAAUCAGCAAGCCACCACGCAGUACAUCAUCACCACCACAACCAACGGCAGUGGCGCCAGCGAGGUCCACAUCACCAAACCCUAAAACUCUUUGAACUUUGACCCCUCGUUUCCUCUCUACUCCCCACCACUUUUCAUACCCGUUAACAGUUUUUAAGCAUACGGACUCAACGCAAACAGAGACUUGAUAAAUUUCAAAGAGAAAAUCAAGAUAGCACAGUUUUAUGUGUUUGUAAAAUUUCACUGUUGUUGAUGUGUCACACGCUGCUAGCAAAAUCACUGAAUGACAAGUAUCAACGUUAUUUACAGCUUUCCGAUCGUGACAAAGCUCAAGUGGAAAGAUGCUUUUUAUUCUGAUUGAAGUAGUCAGAAAAAGUCAUUUGUGAACUGUUACAGAAAAUGAAAGACUUCCAGUUUAAUAGUACAGUUGUGGUGUUUUCAUCCCAAAAUGGCCUAUUUAGUCUUCUCUUGCUAUAGGGCCCCGCCUCUUUAAGGUAUAUCAUCUGAAGUGACGAAAGGCAUUUUCAGAUUGCGAUGUUCACUUGUUUACAUUGUCUCCAUGGUAACAUACAUAAAGACUAAAUAAUGAGGACUUUGAAAGAGGAGGAGAAGACCUACACAAUCACCAGAUGUUUCAUUGGGUUCACUUACUGUACAUCCCAAUACCUUUACCAGGAUAAUACUAUGAAAUAUAUUUCUGAGGGUUAUUAAUCCAGGUGGAGUUUGAAAGCACUGCAUCAUACGGUGCGAAAAUUUAUACCGGACUGCAAACUACAACUGAAACAUCCAUCCAUUUUCUGAACCGCUUCACCUCAUCGGGAUCGCGGGUGUGCUUGUGCUUAUCUCAGCUAAUUCUGAGCAAGAAGCAGGGUACACCUGAAAGGCUCCCCAGUUAACUGCAGGAUACAUUUAAACAACCAGUCGCACUCACGUUCACAACUACGGGCAAUUCAUAGUCUUCAAUUAGCCUACCAUCAGUUGUGGGGGGAUGCGGAGGGAACUGGAGUACCUGGAAAAAUACAUGCAAACAUUGCAGACUCCCCACACGGGAGGCUGGAUUUGCACCCGAGUCCUGAACUGUGAGGGAGUUGUACGAAGCAAUCGUCCACCGUGUAGCACAACAAUACGUGUGAAAUCAAUACCUCCAUUACAGUGUUAACCCAGCCUUUUUUGACGCAACCCUUUAUUAAAAUACACUGUUGUAUCAAAAUGUGA